GCGUGUGGCACUCGGAACUGUACGGACGUGUUGUGGUUAGCUCCCGUAUAAUCGAAAGUGUUUCCGCGAGUGUUAGCAUUCGAGUCGGGCUCUCCUUGAGCACUCGAAAUCAGGGCGCAAGCCCCGUUUCUUCUGGCACGCGAAUUACCUGAAAACCCUUCGCGUCUACGGGAAAAAGCGCAAUGUCCGAGGCUUCGGCCUCGUGCACGGGCGAGGGGGGAGGGGACUACGGUCCGGACUAUUCCGCGGCCCCCUCGCAACAGACUAUUUCGGUUUCGCUAGACAGUUUUGCGCGCUUCGAGGGGCGAAUGGGCUCAUCGCAGGACCAGGACUCGUCCUUGGCACUCGUUUUCUCCCCCAAUUCCCAGUUUUCCUCAACCCCCCUAUCCCCCUCUCCUCACGUGGAUGCAGGCGGAAGUUCGUACUCGACGGUUGGUGGAACGCAACAAAACACAGAGCAGAAUUCAUCGCUAUGUAGCAACUCACAUCUUGUGAACACGACCCCGGCUGCCGCCCGUCAGGAGGGCAUGGAUGUGGAGACCCUUUCCUCGACACCGCUGCCUAAAGAUACUUAUGCCGCUGUCAAAAAAGCGAGUGGUCAGAAUCCGCCUCGUCACGAGACUGCGAAAUCUCGGAGAACCGAAGAGAAGCCGAACGCUUAUUCCAAUCAAGAUAAUCCGCCCUACGCAGUUCAUAUACAUGCACUAGUCGACAACGGUGCUAGCCCGCCUCAUCCGAUGAAGAUGUUCGCGCAGGUGGGAAGAGUCAUGCCGGCGGCAGACAUUCUGGAAAUGAAAAAACUCGGCAACGGUCAAGUACUGCCAUCUCAUGUGAACUUAUUCUGGUCGCGGCACGAGGUGCGCCCCUAUGUUCCGAAGGCCCGGAUAUGUUACUCAUGCUUCAGAGCGGGUCACGUCAGCGCAUCCUGCCGUAGCACGCCCAGAUGCCUCUAUUGCGGUAAGCCUCCGCACUCCGAAGGAUCAGUAUGCCCACUUAAAAACAGCAUGCCAAGGUGCAUAAAUUGUACAGGUGAGCAUCUCCCCAC